AUGCCUCACUCAGAAGCAAACCGGAAAAUGGUUCACCACGUCAAUGGCGAAAAAGAUAAACCAGCUUCGGCCUUUUUAUCGCAUCUAAAGUCUUAUCCAGUUAUCUCGGACGGUAUCACAACCAUCACCUCCAACCCAUAUGGUGCCAAGUCUAUAUCAAUCACCACAACUUCGUAUGAAAAAAUAUCUAAACCUCUUCUCCCAUAUCUUCGCACGCCGAUCUCCUACAUCACUCCCUACGCUGCCAGAGCUGACUCGCUCGGAAAUAACACACUCUCUUCUUUUGAUAGCAGGUUCCCUGUUGUUAAAAAGCCUACAGAAGAAUUGUACGCUGAGGGCAAAGCUGUUGUUUUCUUCCCUCUUCAGAAAGGAUUUGAGGGUAAAGAUUAUGUUUUGAACGUUUAUGGCAACGAGAAGAACAAAGUCGGUGGGGAAGGGUUGAUCAAGUAUGGCAAGGCAGCCAUAGCUACAGGAUUGGUAGUAAGCAGUGAAGCUUUGAACUGGCUUAACGGAUUUCUGGCCACAAAGGUGGACCAAGCCAAGGAAGUUAAGAGCGAAAAGAUUGGUAGCUGA